AUGUCAAAAACGGAGAGCAUCCCUCCUGUUGCUGACAUGAGAUAUGAAUCAUUCUUGGACAAAUCAAAGCAGGACAUAGAGUCUUCAGGGUUGGUGCUGGGAAGAUGGCGUCAUGAGCGCUCUAGUCGCUUGGGAGAGCCUCGACAUCUGCAACAGGGGGAUUCUUCUACAAAUCAGUAUAUGCAAGAGGAGGAGGGUGGGGAUCCCUCAGACAGGGGGCAGGGGUUGAGAAUUGGUUUGGGUCUGUUAACUCAAAGCUCGGACUCUUUUAAUCUUGGGCUGAUAAUUGAGGGGACGAUGCAACGUCACGAGUACAGAAAGACGAACAGAGGUGGUGAAGACAAUGAUGGUUGUCCGGGAGAGGAGAGAAUCCCGCCAACUCUUGAGCUGUGUUCUCUGACAUAUGGGGGAGGGGGAAAGAAGGCUCGAAGACAUCAAAUGUUAACAGUUGAUCUGCUGCAAGAGGCAUAA